AAAAAGAGAAAAAGAUAGAGAAAUCCGUAGAUCGAUCGAAAGAAGAUGGCGGAUACUCUGAAGCGGAUGUUGGAAAGCGGAAAGCUAACGGACGAACAAUGCCUCUCUAUAUUGAGGGGAAUAGAUUUGGAUGAAGAAAUGGGUGGAUGCACAUCUGAGAUCACCCCUGUCGAUAGUAGAAAAAGGAAAAAGAUAGCGAUUCAAGGAACAAAUGAGGAAGAAGAAGUCGACAACCGGAAACCUCUGCUGCAGUUGUUGGACAUGCGGAAGCUACCUAAUGAAGAAAAGAAACGUAUUUUUUGCCAAUAUGAAGAACUAGGGGUUGAAGAAGACAUGGAUUACAUUUGGCAAAUCGCAAAUACUCAGGGUUUCGAUUUCAAUCCUGACGUUCGUAUCCCACGUCUUAAAGGAUACUCACCAUUUUAUUUUGGCGAAAACGAAGAACAACCACCUACGGAAAUGGUUCUCUACGGCCGUUUGGGAGUUCAUUGGUUCAACUUUGAGCAGAAAAGGAAGUUGGAGUUCAUACGCAUACCAAAAUUGAAUACCGAACAUCCCUUUUCUUUUUCUUACUUUAUUACUGUCGAGGUUAAAGAUGAUGAUGCUGCUGCUGCUGAUUCUCUCACUUUGCAAACUCUGGUCAGGAGACCUUCCUUUCCCGAGUUGAAACUCUUGAUGGAACGCUGCAGAAUCAAACCAGCGGAAAUAUCAGACCACUCGUUUAACUGCUUCUAUCAGUCUUUCCGAGGAUGUAUGCCUACCUUUUUGUCGGAACUACCAGAAGAAGCUGAUGAUGAUGAUGGUGUUAGAUUCUACGAGGUUCAGGCCAAGGACAUUGAUAAUAAUGAUUGGCUUCGUCUCUAUACCGAGUUUGCACUUUUCCAAGUUUGCGAGGCUGGAUCUCAUUCUUUCCUGCCAGAGCAGAUAAAGAUGAAGAAGAUACUUGUGGAAACCCCAGAACCUCAUACUGAUCCGUCUCUCAAGCUCGACUCUAUGAAUGCUAUCUUCCACAUAAGCUUCAGGGCCAACAGUUGCGACUACACAUCGGUAUUCCUUCAUGAGAGGAUCAAAGUUGAUCGUAAAGCCGGUGCACUCGGUGACUCUGUUACAAUCACUCGUGAGAAGAACAAGAUCACUGUCACUUCUGAUGGGAAAUCCAUGCAACCUUCAACUCCCAAACAAAAGUUGGUCGCAUCCUCACAUCCUGAGGUUAUUAUCCCUGAGCCUACUCGAUACUCCUCUGUUGAUCCUCUAAACCCAUCACGUUACACCAACCAUGGAGAUCCGGUUCCCCUCAUCGCAGCUGCUCUCACACUAGUCAUGGGACAGCGUUACUUGCUGACUGGAAAGAUUAUGCCGGCUGGUUUGGUUGCUGGGAUCAGUGCUCUCAUGACCUGUUUUUACGUAUACAAGAUCUCUACUGGUGGCAAUAAAUUCCCAUCAAAAGCUGAAUGAUGGUUAUGCAACUCUGGUUUUUCGUGGAUGCAGAUGAUACUCUCUGUUGUUGAAUUUGUCGAUUAGAAAUCUCUUUGGUGUAGACAAUGCUGCUGUCAUAAUGUCUUACUAGCUUGUAUUAGUCAAAGAACUGCAUAUGGUCUUGUGUGUUUCUGAGAUUAGUUUCUUGUCAUCGUAUUUUUGUAACCACAAACUGUUUUGAGCCAUACAAUAUAUGAGAUAUCUGACG